AGGGCCACGGGUUCAACAGAGAGAGAGAGAGAGAGAGAGGGGAGAAGCAGAGUUUCCUUGCUCAGCCUCCUGCCCGUGCUCACUCACUGCUCACCUCACCUCCCCCGUCUUGUCCAAAAGAUCCCCGGCCCAUCCCCCCUACCCUCAGCGCCCGCCGAGAUGGGGGGACUCCGCCGCGGCGGAGGCACGGACGGACUCCACUCCCACCGCCGCCGCCACCCCAGUCCCAAUGCUCCGCCCCAUCUCGCCGCCGGAGUUGGAUCCUCGAGCAAACAAGGAGGUGGACCUGGGAUGCAUUCCAAUUCUUUGUUUGAUGGGAGCAGGCUUUGUACACCCAAAAGAGCUGGUCGCACCCCAAUGAAAAUGCUAAUAGAUGACGACGUCUAUAGAGAUGUCACUGCUAGGCACACAUCGCCUGGUGUUGUGGGAAGGCUCAUGGGCCUUGACAUAAUGCCUUCACUUGGAGUGCACAACCAAGAUACAUGUAACGGGGACCGUUCACAGGGCAGGUCACCAGGGAGUUGCAGUGAUAAAUCAGGGAAUUAUAGUGACAGACAUGCCUUCUCGGGAGACGUUCCACGUAGGGCAAGCACUGAUGAGAUUCCGGAAUUCAAAGAUGUUUUCGAAGUAAUGGAGACCACCAGAAUGAAGAACCGAAACCGUAACACUUGUUCUGGACAUGACAGGGUUAACAGUGCUGACCUCAAUUUUGUAAGGCAGAAAUUUAUGGAUGCAAAACGUCUUUCUGCUGAUGAAUCUUUUCAGAGAUCGAAAGAGUUCAAUAGUGCGCUAGAGGCAUUGGUAUCAAAUAAAGAUGCUCUCAUGGAAAUUCUUCAAGAAUCCAACAAUGUUGCCGCGAGUGAUCUGUCCGGCCUCGGUUGUCCUCCAUCCUCUGGCGUAAACCGGAUCACGCUGUUGAAACCAUCCAGAAGAAGUAAGUUUAUUGACGCAGAUAUUGUCUAUCCACCAGAAGAUGACACUGAACGGUGCUUUCACUCACCAAAAGAAGCAAAGCAUUCUCCAAGGAAGCCUCACAGUAACUUUUCUAGUGAAGCUCCCAAAGUAGAAACUGGCUCUUUCAGACAAAAGUUGUCUAGGUCAAGCUACAGGGAGAGCAUCGAUAAGCGUGUUUCUCCCACUCGGAUUGUUGUCUUGAAACCAUGCCUCGAUAAAAAUCUGAACAUGGAAGGGGCAUUUCCAAUAACCAAUGACAUGUUCUGCUCCAGUUACAGAAGGACUGAAGCAUGCCUAGAUGAUGGCAUUCAAAGGCAGCAUGCAGAAGAAUCCAUGCCUCAGAUCUCCACAGCAUAUCCCGAUGCACGGCGCCAAAGAGCACAGGGGUCCAGAGAAAUUGCCCGAGAGGUUUCGACACAAAUGAAGACAGCUGCUGUCAGGGGAGUUGCAAAUGGAAAACAGAAACUCAGUCCAGAUAUUGGGACGUCCAACCGGGAUGAGCAGGUGUCUUUGUUGACAUCCAUGGCUAAGCUAAAAAGUUCGGCAGCAUUGCAAAGAUCUUCUGGUGUACAUGAUGCUCCGGAUGGUUCUUGCGCAGGGACUUCACCGACACAUUCAGCUAAGAGAUCAAUUAGGAAGGAAGCAAGGAGACGCCUAGCUGACAGAUGGAAGACGACCCAGCAACAUCAACAUCCAUCACCAGAUGGUAAUGCUACAUUCAGCACACUUGGGGACAUGCUUGCUCUCUCUGACAAAGAGACCUCAAAGUUUACUUCAGGGGCAGCAGCUAGCCGGCCAUGGCCAGAGGGUGAGUCACUUAGGGAUGUGAUGCCAGGAUCAUGUGGUUAUCCUCUUGGUAUCAGCAGCAAUGAUGGCUGGAAAGAUGAGAACAUAUGUGGCUUAACAAGGUUGGAGUCUGUUUCUACAUCAUCCAUCAACCGAGGCAGUCCAAAAUCGAGCAGCAGAAAAGCAAGUAACAGGCAUGGUGAAUAUUCUAUGGCAGAGAACGUCAUCGGAUCAGGGCCUUAUAAUUCUGAAGAUAUGCAUCAGGACAGACCAAGGAGAUUGUUAGUCAGAAGUUCGACGCAUCGCUCUGAUGAAAGCGAUGUGCAGUCUCUGGAUGAAGUGCAAAGUGUGGUGACCGAGCGCGAGAUCCAUGUGAAUUUUGAAGAACCAACUUACACCGGUGCAGUGCCAGAGCUAUCUGAAACUGGAGGAAGACUUGUGCACGGUGGAAAUUCUGACCAUUUGGAUAGCAGCCAUGCAGUUCCAGAAUGGCAGGGGGAGGCUCAGGCUUCUGCACAGAACAUGAUGCUGGACCAAGAGCACGCAUUCGCAACAGAUGACCAUUUUAUUGUACCUAGUCCUAGAUAUUCAGCGUCUCAGAUUGAGGGGAAUGGGCAAGAUCGAUGUGAUGACAAUGAAGCUCCAUCCGAUCAUCUGACAGAAUUAGUAUCCGUCGUGAGCUCCAACGAAGACGAACAGCCGAGUCCGGUGUCUGUCCUCGGAUCGUCGGUGGACGCCGAGGACUGUUGUUCAGGAGGUUUUGAGAAAAUAAGUGCAGACCUUCAAGGGCUGAGGAUGCAACUUCGGCUGCUCAAGAUGGAGGCGACGGGCAACGCAGAUGACGAAACCGACCUCGCUUUGUUCAGCGACGACGAUGAAACCGCCGCGAGCUGCGAGCUAGCCAACGAAGGCGUGCCGACAGUGUCCCGUACUUUCCGGGAUGAAGACGAGAGGGACUUCUCUUAUGUGGCUGACAUGCUCACAUUUCUAGCCAACCAGAGUUCUGAGCAUGAUCUCCUGCUCGGCGUGCGCUAUCUGUCACCGGGGUCUCCGGCGCGCGGCGACGCGUACGAUGAGCUCGAGAGGAAGUACGGCGAGCUCGUCCCGUGGGCGCGGCCCGAGAGGCGGCUCCUCUUCGACCUGGCGAACGAUGUGCUCGUCGACGUGGUCGCCUGUCUGACGCAGUGCGGCGGUCAGCAGGGGCUGGCGGGGAAGUGUCGGCAGGGCAUGGAAUGGGACAGGGAGAGGGUCGUGGAGGAGGUGUGGGAGAGGGUGCGCCGGCAGCGGCGCGAGACGGAGUGCUUCCAGGAGGAGAAGCUGAUGGGCGUGGGGUGGCUGGACUGCGAGGAUGUCACUGAUGAGAUCGUGGAAGACAUUGGGAGCAUGCUGGGUGAGGAUCUCCUGGAGGAAGCCAUAGCUGAUCUCUAUCUGCUGGACCUUUUUGGUUAAGGGAUGAGCUUUCAUGCUGCAUUUUUGCGAUAAAUAAUAAAAGCGCCCUUUAUCGAGAAAAGGAAGGAGGUUCAUUUCGGCGAUUUCGUGCACCAGGAAAUAUCAAGAUUUGUGAAAGAAAUGCUAGUGUUUUGGGUCUUGCUCGGUUUAAGCAAAACUCUGUAGCUUGUUUAUGCCAGCCCAGGUAGACAGGUGGCUGAUGCAAAUGUAAUAUCCCAGUUCCAUGUAUCUAGUAAUAUAUUCUAUAUAUAGCGACGAUAAUUGACGGCGAUGAAUGUAAUUAUUUAUAAUUUCAUAUAUAUGGCAGCAGUCAUUUUUCUUCCUUC